CCUGGGAGAAACUUCCACGCCUGGAGUGGCCGGGGAGGAAACCCUCGAUCUCUUGGUCUCGCGAACGAGAGGCGGCGGCGGCGGCAAGAUCCAAGCACGACGCGCCACCACGCUCCGCCCUCCUCCGGCCAAAGCUCCGCCCAACAACUGGAAGCGAAGCACCACCACGCUCCGGCCUGUACCUCCACGCCCCGUCCCUCCGGCGGGGGCGACGACGACCGGGCGCGUCAUCCCCUUCUUCCCGGAUCUCGUCUCUCCCUCGAAGCAUCACUCAUCUCCGGCGAAGACGACGGCCAUAGAUCAUCCUCCUCUUUCUCAUCAAGAUCAAGGGACCUCCUCUCCUGUUUGAGGUUUGUACCCUGACCCCAAGUGAGCAGCUGUACUGAAGAACAUCGAAUGCUUUGAAGUGCUCUAUCUAUACUGACAUCACAAGUGCUCUGACAUUAGAAGUUGGCUUUAUCCGAAGACUUUGUGUUCAAUUGCUUGGUGCCUUUUGAUACGUCGAUCAUUGAGAAGUUUUCAGUCAGAGCAAGAAAGCUAUGGCAGCGCGGCAUCUUGGGACCAUGCGUAUGAGAAAGGUCUUGUUGAUAUAAUGCUUGACCACAACAAUCCCAUCUAUCGAGGUCAAAAUGGGUGGACUGCUGAAGGGUGGACUAAGAUUACAAAUACAUUCGAUCAGAAAUUUCCACUAGCUCAGUUCACCAAGCAACAAAUCCAAGAGAAGGACAAGGAUUUAAAAGGAAAUUAUAAGGCAGUGAGAGACUCUCGGAAACAGAGUGGCACGGGAUGGGAUGAUACACUUUGCAUGAUCAUCGCUGAACCUGUAAUAUGGGAUAAACUUAUCAAGGACCGUCCAAGGAUAAAGAAGUUCCGUUCAAAACCAUUCAUGCUCUUCAAGUUAUUGCCUUCACUACAUGAAGGAAGUGUUGCUUCAGGAGACUUGAACUUUGUAUCAAUUCUGCAAGUGGAUCUCACAAGCGAUGCCAUUUCUCCUAUGGAUUCCUCUACCAAUGAUUUGAACCAUAUCUCCUCUACCAAUGUUGAUGAUGGUAUGUCCUCAUCUGAUAUACAAGGGCAAGCGGCAUCAAGAAGAGAUGAACCUGAAGCUACAACAUCUACCAACUCUGAACAAAAGGGAGCAUUGCCUGUGAAAAAGAGGAAGCAAAGCCAGAUCGCUGUUGUACUUGAGGACUACAUGGAUUUUCGUAAGAAACAAUCUGCAAAACUGGUUGACGAGUUGAAGGAAUCAAAGCAAGAUGAUAUGUUCUCGAUUGGAAACUGUGUGGCUGCGCUAGAACCAAUGAAAGAUCUAUCAGUCGCAGAAAAAGCAAAGGCACUAGGGCUUUUCAAAUGCCUAGUGAAUCGAGAAAUAUUCAUCAAUACCAAGGACUCAAAUCUUCGGCUUUAUUGGUUGAAGGAGGAGAUUUCUGAGAUGUAGAUAGCAUAAGCCAGCAUCAAGUUGUGGUACAUGAUGUCGAGGAAGGAGUGGAGAAAAGACCGGAGUAGGAUGUGAUUGUUGCUUUGCGGCCCAUCUUGUUCGAAAGUAUCCCUGCGUUGGACAUGGCAACUUAUAAUCCAGAACUUUUUAUAGUGCACAAACUUGACGAUGUAUUAAUAACUUUUGUAAUGAUUGCUUUUAUUUCCGCACAUGAGAACGGCUUAGGCCAAUGCUUGAUCGUCGUGAAAUGCAGACCGAUAUCUUAAGCUUGAUGAAGUGAUGGAUAAGUUGUAGUAAUAUUUUUAAAAUUCUAGUUGACAUGAAUUAUGAACCUUUGUUA